GCGCAGCGGCCGCGACCUCGGCGAGCGCCGGCGACCCACCCCGCCAGCCUGGAUCCCGGGCCCCCGCGGGCUGCUCGCGCUCCGCCACCGCUCGCGUCCCCCGCUGGUCAGCGGCCCCCUGCCCGACCGCGGACCCCGCAGCCUCUGCGCGAGGGAGCCGAGCCCCCGCGCAGCGCCCGGGCCCCGCUGCGCCAGCAUGUCCUCCACGGAGACCGCAGCGAGCCGCCCAGCGGACAAGUCGCCGCGCCAGCAGGUGGACCAGCUGUUCGCGGGGCUGCGCUGGCGGCGGCUGGAGGAGCCGCUGGGCUUCAUCAAAGUCCUCCAGUGGCUCUUUGCUAUUUUCGCCUUCGGGUGCUGCGGCUCCUACAGCGGGGAGACAGGAGCCAUGGUCCGCUGCAACAACGAAGCCAAGGAUGUGAGCUCCAUCAUCGUCUUGUUCGGCUAUCCCUUCAGGUUGAACCGGGUCCAGUAUGAGAUGCCGCUCUGUGACGACGAGUCCACCUCCAAGACCAUGAACCUGCUGGGGGACUUCUCCGCCCCCGCCGAGUUCUUCGUGACGCUGGGCAUCUUCUCCUUCUUCUAUACCAUGGCCGCGCUCGUCUUCUACCUGCGCUUCCACGGCCUCUACGCCGAGGACAGGCGCUUCCCACUGGCGGACUUCUGUGUGACCGUCUCCUUCACCUUCUUCUGGCUGGUGGCCGCCGCGGCCUGGGGCAAGGGCCUGACCGACGUCAAGGGGGCCACGCGGCCCUCGAGCCUGACCGUGGCCAUGUCCGUGUGCCACGGAGAGGACGCCGUGUGCAGUGCCGGGGCCACCCCCUCCAUGGGGCUGGCCAAUCUCUCCGUGCUCUUCGGCUUCAUCAACUUCUUCCUGUGGGCCGGGAACUGUUGGUUCGUGUUCAAGGAGACCCCGUGGCACGGGCAGGGCCAGGACCAGGGCCAAGGCCCCGGCCCCGAGAGCACAGCCGAGCAGGGAGCCGUGGAGAAGCAGUAAGCAGCCCCCACCUGGCCACUCCCGAACAGGACGCACCUCUUCGACCACCUCGGCUCCCAGGACCUCCCUCUUCCUGCUCCUCCAGCCCCCCUCCCCCGCCCCUCUGGGCUCUGAGCUCUGAGAAGUCAUCCAUGGGUGGGCAGGCAGCAGCUGUCGGAAACCUGGGCAGCCCUCCCGGUGGCUUCCUGUCCCUCCUCUGCCGGAGCGCCCCCACGGCAGGAACUCAGUGCUUCUUGUCUCCUGCCCGGACCCAGGCACCUCACCUAGGGCCGUAGGGACCCCCACAGCCUCUGCUGCAGGCGGGGGUUGGAGGCAGGAGACCAGAGUCCUGAGACUGGUCCCUAGCAGCCACCUCUACCAACCUGUCCAGCUUCAAUAAAAGUGGGGGGCGGGGAAGUUGGCUGGCAGCCUUCUUCCUGGUCCCUUGCAUGGAGGGCCCACCAGUGCUUUAGAGACCCCUCUUCCAUGGCUGCCAUCUAGGCCUCGUGCCUGCACUGCUCGCCACAGAGCCCUGGCUCAGCGUGUGCUCCCCGCUCUCCUCUGGCCUCUGCUGCCCACUGAGCCCACCAGGUGUGAGCGGGGAGGCCCCGCAGCCUGGCAAACAGCCUUCAGAGGGUCCCGAUGCCUUAGACUCAGUGGGGAGCAGACACAUUGCAACUGCAUUGGAAUUCAAGAAACUAAA